AUGGACUCUUUGGUAGAUCACGCUCAAUAUGCUUUUCUUAAGGGGAGAUGUAUACUGGACAAUAUCGCGACGGCGGAGGAGGCCAUCUUCAGUAUCCACAAAAGAAGACUGCCUGGUCACAUCCUCAAGGUGGAUUUCGCUAAGGUUUUUGACUCUGUGGAUUGGGACUUCUUACUGGAGCUUCUGGAGGUUAGGGGGUUCGGAUCCAAAUGGUUAGGUUGGAUUCGCUCGCUGAUCAACUCGUCUAAAGCGUCAAUUUUAAUCAAUGGGUCUCCCAAUGGGUACGUUAGAUAUCAAAGAGGUUUACGCCAGGGUGACCCCCUGUCACCGCUGCUCUUUGUGUUGGUUUCGGAUGUGCUGUGUGCUAUGUUUGACAACGCGAUUAAUUCUCAUGUAUUGAUUGGGGUGCCAUUGGGGGAGUUUGGUAGUAUCUGCAAUUUGCAUUAUGCGGAUGACCUCUUGAUCCUUACGGUUGGGGGGGCAGAGGAUCUCCGGGUGAUUAAGCUGAUCCUGUUGGUUUUUGAAGGGCUCUCUAGUUUGGAAACAAAUUUCUCCAAAACUUGCCUUUACUCCACCAAUUUGAGCUUACUUCCUGAUGAUUGCGUGGCAAAAACUGUUAAUUGUAAAGUGGGCCUUCUCCCAGUUACUUACCUUGGUAUUCCCGUAUCGGGCAGGAGGCCCCGCUCCCUGCGUGGGUUAUCAAAAAGAUUGAUCGGCUUGGAAGAGACUUCUUAUAGAGUGGGCCUGACAUUGAGCACCCUGGAUGUAGACUUGUGUCUUGGAAGAACAUUUGCCGUUCGAAGAAGUAAGGUGGAUGAGGUGAAAUCCGGGGCAGACUCUCUUUUCUGGAAGGACAGAUGGUUCAAUGGUCUUGCACCUAUGCAUAUCUGGCUUGAAUCUUUUCUUUUGUCCCGGAUACCUAAUGGGACUGUCAGAGAGUUGGCGCCCUUGCUUGCUAGCCCUUCGUUCGAUUCUGACCCAUUGUUGUUGCAACUACUGUACAGGUUGUGUUUGGCUGAUGGUAGCGAUCAGGAUUCUAAGGUUUGGAGUUUGACAGCAAAUGGGAUUUUUUCGGUUAAAUCCUUUUAUUGUCUUCUGAACGAUGGAGGAUUACGGUGUUCGAUUGCAAACUCCUUUUGGAAAGGCCCCUGCCCGAGGAAGGUCAACAUUUUUAACUGGUUAGCUUGGAAGAAUAAGGUUCUUUCCCUAGAAAACCUGGCUAAGUACCAUUGUAACAGACUCCGGACAGACACUUGUGUUCUAUGUCAUUCUGAGGUGGAGUCGGUUGAUCACCUUUUUCUUCGAUGUCGGUUCUCCCAGGAUGUGUGGGCACACAUCAGUAGGUCUCUUCAGUUACCGACUCUUUCCACCUCUACGUCUCUUUUGUGGGGUGACUGGAGGUCUGCUUUACGUCUAGCGAUCCGGGUGGUCGGGGACGGGGCAGUGAAAGCCUUUGUGUGGUCUAUUUGGCUGACGAGAAAUGAUUAUAUAUUUUCUGAUAAAUGUGCGCAUCCUCACUCUGUUAUGGUGAAGACUGAUCAUAUGAUUUUAUCUUGGUUCUCUGCAGCUCCUGAGGGUUUGGGAGUGAAGUUGGAUGAUUCUAUUUCCUCGAUCAGGCGCAGCUUAGAGUUCUCUGGAUCUCGUCCUGAAGGGGUGGAGGAGGAGUCCGCGAUCGAAGUGGCUCAGACUAUUAGUCGGGAGUAG